AUGGAUUUCGACGAGGAGAAGCGCAAUGUCAAGGGAUCAUCUAGUACUGUCGCUGACAACAACAACUACGACGAUGACCUCCUCGAGCCCGCGCAGGAGGCGAGUUUGCACCGUGGCCUCAAAGCAAGGCAAAUCUCCAUGAUUGCCCUUGGAGGUGCUGUAGGUACAGGUCUCGUUAUCGGAUCUGGUACAGCUCUGACCAGAGGUGGUCCUCUGGGCUUGUUCCUGGGAUAUGCUUUCGUCGGAUUUGUGUGCUAUCUCGUUAUGGUUGGUCUCGGAGAGAUGGCUUCAUUCCUUCCUCACAAGAAGGGGUUCGCCGGAUAUGCCACGCGAUUCGUGGAUCCAGCUUUGGGGUUCGCCAUGGGUUGGAACUACCUCAUGAAAUAUCUUAUCGUCACGCCCAAUAAUAUCAAUGCUGCUGGAGUCGUUAUACAGUACUGGACCCGGCAUGUUCAUAUUGCUAUUUGGAUGGGUAAGUCGAUUUUUAUCGUCAAUUUAUUGGGCGUUCGAGUGUUCGGUGAACUAGAAUUUUGGUUCUCCAGUAUAAAAGUCAUUGCCUUGGUCGGGUUGCUUCUUAUGGGCAUUAUCAUCGACCUGGGUGGCAAUCCAAAACACGAUCGUAUUGGGUUCCGAUACUGGGAACCGCCCUAUGGGCCAAUGGGAAAGUACCUAUUAAACCAAGUUAAGAACGACAAGUUGGCCACCUUCUUGGGAUUCUGGAGUACCUUGACCAAUGCCCUAUUCGCCUAUAUCGGUACUGAGCUGAUCGGUGUUACCGUCGGAGAAGCAGAAAACCCUAGAAGAAACAUUCCCAUUGCUAUCCGCAGAACUUUCUAUCGUAUCCUCGUAUUCUAUGUGGGAGGUGUAUUUGUAAUCGGCCUUGUCGUGCCUAGCACAGAUAAUUCCCUUUUUGUAGCCACUAAGUCAAAGGCAGGCGCUGCUGCGUCACCGUUCGUUGUUGCCACAACUCUCGUCGGAAUCAGGACACUAAACCACGUUAUUAAUGCUGCUAUCCUUCUCUUUGUAAUGAGUGCCGCCAACUCUGAUCUGUAUAUCGGUUCCCGAACGCUCUACGGUCUCGCUGUCGAGGGGAAGGCUCCUCGAAUCUUCGCCCGAGUCAAUAGGAUGGGUGUCCCAUACCCUGCAUUGAUUCUUUGCACUGCAUUCUGCGGCCUUGUGUUCCUUAAUGUUAGUUCAUCCAGUGCCCGAGUCUUCACUUGGUUCGUCAACCUUGUUUCGACGUUCGGCGCGAUUACAUGGAUGUGUGUUUCAUACUCACACAUUCGCUUCAUGCAAGCCCUCAAAGCCCAAGGUAUCUCAAGAGACACGCUGCCAUAUAAGGCACCUUUCCAGCCAUGGGGCAGCUGGUUCGCCUUGGUCGUAACUGGCAUCAUCACUCUAUUCAAGGGAUUCGACACCUUCCUCCCAUUCACGACCGAUACGUUUAUAACGUCAUACAUCGCCGUCCCAACCUUUUUCGUCCUCUGGCUCGGAUACAAGCUCAUAUAUAAGACCACGGUCAUUCCAUCCGAACACGUGGAUUUGGUCUCCGGUCUCCAACAAAUUAACGACGAAGAAGAGAAAUAUUUGAUGCAUGAAAAGGCAAAGGGGCCUCAGACGCGCUUGCAACGCAUCUGGGAUUCCCUGUAG